CGCAUGCGCAUUUCACAAAGGAAAUUUCUAGACGUCAGGAAAGAAAGUAUUUGACAGAUUUUCAGCGUUUAACGACACCAUAGUAAUUUUUGGCGUUUAAGAGUGACCUACAAAAGCUCACUAGUAAAGAGUGCGUUAGUUUAAAAUGUUGGGGGGUUCCUUUUUUAGGGAAUUCGAGAAUGACCCGUUUUUUAGUGGCCACCAAGAGAUGAUGAGGCACCACGAGCGCAUGAUGAAUGGCAUGCUGCAGGAUCCGUUCGCAAUGCUUAGGAGUGCACACCCACUGGCUCUCACAGAUGGGCGGCUGCAGGGAAAUCAGCGCGAUCCAGGACCAGGCCAACGAAAUCGUAGGCAGGAGCUGGCCCCAAGGGAUAUGUUUGCAGGGGGGAUGGACCCCUUUGGCGGAAUAUUUGGCCACAUGAAUAGCAUGAUGGGUAACAUGAGAAGUCUAAUGGGCAACAUGCAUCAAAAUAUGGAACACUUACAGAAUGAUCCUGAUUCCAAUGUUCACACAUUUUCCCAGUCUUCUGUGAUGAGUUAUUCCAAUACAGGACAAGGGCCGCCCAAGGUGUAUCAAGCGACCACUUCUACCAGGACUGCCCCUGGAGGGGUCAGAGAGACCCGUAAGGCUGUCCGCGACUCAGAAACAGCAACAGAAAAGAUGGCCAUUGGCCGCCAUAUUAAAGACAGAGGUCAUGUGAUCACAAAAGCCAAAAACACGCGGACUGGGGAUAUGGAAGAGAAUCAGGAUUUUGUAAAUAUUGACGAAGAGGAAGCACCACGUUUUGACUCUGAGUGGACUCAAAGAGCACAACAAGGCUUUUCCCAGUCUCAACGAGAUCGAGACAGUCGUCGUCAUCAGCCCGCCAUGACAGAUGGACGUGACAGGUACGGCAAUCACGGAGAGAGGAGAAGGAGGAGGCAAACACCAGCAUUAGAGUAUACCCCAAGAGAUAACAAUCCAAGAGCCAGAUUCCGAGAGCGGGAUCUGGAAUAAUUAACUUCAUCACGAGCAUCCUCACAGUUUUCAUAUAUUAGAAUGAAAUUUCCAUCAAUACAUAGCCCAAAUCACAACUUUCCAUUGACCAAAGUAAACAAAGACCCAGACACCGGCAACAAAAAAUACAGUUCACUUCCCAAUAUAAAGAAGAAAAUGGACCAGAGAAAAGAUCUCACAGAUGACAAAGGCACAAAUAAACCGAACCGAAAAGUCAAAUUUACCUCCAGGAAUAAAAACACUCGACCAAAGCCAUAUGGCUGAAGUCCAACUGGGAAUACCUAACGUCGAUAAGAAGAGGAGCGAAGGGGGGAUGGGGAUGAAAAACAGAAAUCAACGAAAUUGACGAUGUCGGGGAAAUAAAGCCCUGGACCAACUGUUGUUAAAGUUUCGAAUAUAUAUGUUGUAAAGUAGAAGUUCAAAUGCAUAUCAACAUUGUUGUAAUAACUUUUUUUCUGGAUAGCGGGGUUGCCUACAUAUUUGAACAGUUUGCUUUAGUUUUCUUUAAGGUUUGGUGUACUUAAUUCAUUCUAGUAGUUUUAAUUUUCCCCGAUAGACGUCGUAUAUUCCGUGGGUGUAUUUUGGCAGCAAUCUGAUAAAGCAUAGUAUUAAAAGAAUAAGUUACUGUCUUUGAGUUUUAUGAU